AUGGAUGCGCAAAAACUAACAAGUCUCGGAGGCUCUCUGCCGGUGCCUUGUGUUCAGGAGCUAGCAAAGAAGACGCUCACCACAGUUCCACCACGGUACCUGCGUCCUGAGCAAGACCCUCCAUUCUUAUCCGAUUCUAGCACUACUUGUUCUUCAAUCCAUGCCCCAGUCAUCGACUUUAACCGCUUGGUUUCCGGAGAUUCCAUGGAUUCAGAGCUGGACAAGUUGCACUACGCUUGCAAAGAGUGGGGUUUCUUCCAGUUGACAAAUCAUGGAGUGAUCUCUACUUUGGUGGAGAAAGUAAAGGUAGAGGUACAAGAAUUCUUCAACCUCCCAAUGGAAGAGAAGAAGAAGUUUUGGCAACAGCCAGAAGAUCUAGAGGGAUUUGGACAGGCCUUUGUUAUUUCUGAAGAGCAGAAACUUGAUUGGGCAGACAUGUUCUACAUGAUCACUCUUCCAACUUAUUUGAGGAAACCCCACUUAUUCCCCAAGCUACCUAUCUCGCUUAGGGAUUCCUUGGAAAUUUAUGCAGUUGAACUGAGAAAUCUUGCCAUGACAAUCCUUGGGUUCAUAGCAAAAGCUCUAAAAAUGGAAGCCAAUGAUAUGAAAGAAUUGUUUGAAGAAGGGCAUCAGGCAAUGAGGAUGAAUUAUUAUCCUCCAUGUUCACAACCCGAUCAAGUCAUUGGCCUAACCCCUCAUUCGGAUGCAGUGGGCCUCACUAUACUCCUUCAAGUCAAUGAAAUGGAAGGUCUCCAGAUAAGGAAAGAUGGGAUGUGGGUUCCUAUUAAACCCCUUCCAGGUGCUUUCAUUGUCAACAUAGGAGACAUUUUGGAGAUUGUGACAAAUGGAGCUUAUCGGAGCAUCGAGCAUCGCGCAACUGUGAACUCAAUCAAGGAGAGGCUCUCUGUUGCAACAUUUUACAGCCCAAAACUCAACGGAGAUAUGGGUCCUGCGCCUAGCCUUGUCAGUCCUGAUUCCCCGUCUCUCUUCAGAAGGAUUGGCGUUGCAGAUUACUUCAAGGGACUAUUUUCGCGUGAACUCCAUGGAAAGUCAUACCUCGAAGUCCUGAGGACUGAAACUGGAGAAGCUCAAAAUAACUGAGAAGUACCUAGCAAUGCGGAAAAAACACCAGUAUGCUAUAUAUGUAAACAAAAUAAAUGACCACUUAGUAAAUUAAGGUUGUCAUCCAUAGAACUUACAAGCAUCAUCAACAGUAUUUCAAACAUCAUAUCAUCCUCGAUGAUUUGCUACAUUGUCGGAGUACUAAUUAAACGAAACCCAUGUUUCUUUGGUUUAUUAAAGUUAAUUUAUUAAUAUUUAAGUUUGAUUA